CCCAUGUUUAAGAGAACACGUCAUAACCAAUCACGAGCAAGCAGUAAGCAGGGACCUCACCAAUUACACUUCCUGGAACAGGGAGGAGCUGGAGUAUAUCGGGAAUAGAAAUACAAUCUUUGCCCUGUGGUUUUUAUCCAGUCUCAUUGUUGCUGACCAGCAUGAUUGACGUUAAGGCAUGGGCAGAGUACGUGGUGGAGUGGGCUGCCAAAGACCCCUAUGGCUUCCUGACCACCGUCAUACUGGCUCUCACACCACUCUUCAUUGCCAGUGCACUGCUCUCCUGGAAGCUGGCCAAGAUGAUAGAGGCACGUGACCGGGAACAGAAGAAGAAGCAGAAACGUCAGGAGAAUAUAGCUAAAGCCAAGAGGACCAAGAAAGACUGAGCCUGUGCAGGCAGAAUGAGGGCAUAAAAAAUAACACAGGAGAGACCACCACGCUCACAGCCCUCCUUGUUCCCAAUAAUGACACGGUGCCCUUCCUCGUCCCUGCCCUACUGUCAGUACAGGGCCAAUACGCCUCAUGUCUGGGGUAGGAGGAGGAACACUGGCCCCCUCAGGCCUAACAGUGCUGAGGCAGACAGUGCUGCCUGGAGGAGGCUUGUCCCUGUGGGACUUUGGUCAGCAAGAGCACAGUGGUCAUCUGUGUGACGUUCUUAUACAGAGAUCUGCUGAUAAUUUUGCGCAGCUGUUGCAACACCUUGCAUUCCAUUGUUAGAAUCCAUAUUCUGCUGAAUUGACGAUGUAAUGAGCAUACUGGAACUUUAUCCAAAGUACUUGCAAAAUAUCCAAAUACUACUUUCUAACAAAUAAAGUUUUCAUGAUUGAUACAAAAUUUUAA